AAUAAUGAUAAUAAUGAUCAAGAUGGCUACUUCAAAAUCUUCUCUGCUGUAGCUAAACACCAGUUUCAUGUAAAUGCUCAAAAUUGCGAUUUCUUUAUGUUUAAGACCCUCGUAUGCGACGGGGCAGAGCCACGGAUAAUACUACAUGGAUCACAGCGGAUUCAGGAGGGACUAAAGUCGCUGUGUUGCCCCGGAGCACCCAUUCCGAACAAGCUAACUAGCUAGCAGCACCCGUCGAGACUCUCCGGUUCAGCUUUCCUAGCAGCUGCCGCUCCCGCGGUUCGUGUGGCCGCUCGCCGGAGCGCAGAGCGCCAAAUGGCAGAGCCGAGGAAAGUGCCGUUCGUCACCAUCUCUUCCUUCAGCGCUCCGCAGCCGCAGCAGACCCCAGAGCUCAACAAGAAGCGCCGCCGCGAGGACGAGGCCGCCGACAUCACUUUGGGGAAAGAUGGAGGUGGAGGUGUAGCGGCGGUCGGGUCGGGAGGUUCCGGAGGUCUGUUUGGCAACACCAAAGGAGGCGACGUCGACAGCGGGGAGACGAAGGCCACCUUCCGCCUCAACCUGACGCUGAGCGAGCCGAACGAGAAGGGCUCGUCCGAGUUCAACUACGGCGAGCUGGUCCAGUCAACUCCUUCUCAGGUAAAGCCUGCAGGUUCCACGGUACCUAAAGGCCUCACUCCUCCCCUGGACCCCAGCGACCCGCUUGCUGAUGACGAGAAGGAGAGGAAGGAGGUAGAGGAGCUCGCCAGGAAAUUUGAGAGCAAAUAUGGAGGUGGCACAAAAAAGAAAAAAAAGGACAGGAUGCAGGAUCUCAUCGACAUCGGUUAUGGUUACGAUGAAACUGACCCCUUUAUAGACAAUUCAGAGGCCUAUGAUGAGCUGGUCCCAGCUUCUCUCACCACAAAACACGGAGGCUUCUACAUCAACACGGGGACUCUACAGUUCAGGGCAGCAUCGGACUCUGAAGGGGAGAACACAAACACAGAGGAUCAUCGCUUCAAGAAGGUGAAAGAUGGCGAAGAGCGAGUGAUUAAAAAGCGCCGGAAAAAGCAAGAUGGUGGAAUUCUGGAGGACAAGAAACCCAGAAAAAAUAAAGUACCAAAGCCUGGCGUUUCGGCUCUGAGCAUUCACCGGCCCGAGAAGAAGAAGAGGAAGAAGCUGAUGAAGGACUCCCUGCACCUGGCCAAUAUGCUACGCCGCUUCACCAGGGAGAAGGAGGAGAUGCGCAAAAAGAACCUGCUUGCCGCUCCCGGUCUGCCACGAGCCAACACCAAAGUGCCCGGCGCCAACAGCACAGUCAUCAGCGCCCAUCCGAAGAUCGCCGGAAGCAACGACUGCAACAUAACGGACCUGACCGACGAACAGGCUGUCAUGUCGCUGCUGGGCUCCGCCAAUAAUGACCAACUGCAGGACAUGAUGGGUGACCUGGACUUCGGGAUGCUGGAUUCGCCUCAGCCCAGCAGUCCUUCACAGGGGGAGAACGGGUCCUUCGGGUCAGGGCAGAAAGCAGGUCGAUUGUUGCAGGGCAAUGUGAUGACCCCUCCUCCUCUGCCCUGUGGACUGCCAGGCCCUCUUGCAAAGCGCAUUGAAGACUUAAGAGCGGCGUCCCGUCAGUUUGAUGAAGAAGGCAGGAAGAAGUUCUUCACGCUGGACAUGAACAACAUCCUUCUGGACAUUGAGUUGCAGGUUCAGGAGCAGCCUGCAGAGGUGCGGUCAGCUGUCUACUCUCACCUGGAGGCCUUCGUGCCCUGCAAUAAGGAAGCUCUGCUCAAACGCCUUAAAAAGCUCAGCCUCAAUGUGCAGGACGACCGACUACGAACGCCCCUUUUGAAGCUGAAACUGGCCGUGUGCAGUGUGAUGCCGGAGCAGAUCGCUCGUUACAACAUGGACUGCAUUGCCAAAGUGGCAAAGCAGCAGUCUGAGGAAGGAGACAAAAAUGGGUCAGAAGACGAUGAUGAGGAGAAACCCGGGAAGAGGGUGAUGGGGCCCCGAAAAAAGUUCAUCUGGGAUGACAAACUCAGGUCUUUGCUGUGUAACUUGGUGCAGGUGAAGCUGGGCUUCUAUGAGCUGGAGUGCAAGAACACGCUGUCUCUGGAAGACUACCUCAAAGCCUUCAUGGAGACGGAGGUCAAACCUCUCUGGCCAAAGGGCUGGAUGCAAGCCAGGAUGCUGUUCAAAGAAAGCAUCAUGGCUCACGGUCAUCUAACUGGCUUUACAGCAAAGAAAAAGAUGGUUCCAACUCCGAAAGCCAAGCCCAAGGAAGUAACGUGGGGUCAGUGCCCCACACCUACAGCGGUUGUCACACCGUCCCUCGCUGCCCAGGUUGCCAAGCGACCUCCUCAGUCACCGCCAGGAACCAUAUGCCUGGAUUCCCUCGACGAAUCUCCUUCCCUGGAUUCCAUCUCUCAGGCACUGGCUAUCCUUGGCAAUGCAGCCAAAGGUUUGGCUCAAGGGGACACUCCGCCAUCCCCGGAAAGACCCAAGACCUCCAUGAACCCCCACAGCCUCCAUUCCUCGCCACUUCUCCAGCAACAGAAAAAGAACUCUGUCAGUACUCCCAGCUCCAGCACACCUCACUACAUCUCUACCUCUUCAUCGCCCUCCACCUCCCUGUCCCGGCCCACCGCCAACACGUCCUCUCCCCUGACCUCAGUGAGGGUGGAGGGGACAGGGGUUGUUAAGGGCACGCAACAGCCAAACAGGCACACUGUUUUGAAUAGUCAGAGACCUUCAAGUGUGGGUGUAACAAAAGCAAACAUGCCCGUCUCAGUUUCUCCACCUAAACCACGUCCUCCACCAACUGCAUCUCCACUAGUGGCCCCUGGACCAAAAGCGGGGGUCUCCAUUUCUCCGUCUGGCCUCCUUAAAGGCAGCAAUAAUAAAGCCAUUAGUGGAGACACGAUCAUUAUCACUUCAACUCAGUCUCGGCCACAUACCCUCACGUCCCCCUCAAUCAUAGUCAACAAAACCUUUCAGACAUCCCGCCUGCCCCAGACCCCCCAGAACAAACCGCCCACAUCCCUCCCACAAACCCCAUCUGGAGUUCAACCUCAGCCGCAGUCAAACUUCAUCACCCCUAUGCACGCUACUCUCACCAAGUCCGCCCACAGCAGCAUCCCACCCAUCGUCAAGCUCACUCCCCGGACCCCCAACCCCAUCAUUUCCCCCACCACCACCUCCAGCAUCUCUGCCUCAGCCUCCAUUUCUCAAAGUCCUCGCUCUCAGGCAGCACCCUCGAUACACCAGUACACUCCCAAAACCCCCGCGGGCUUCCGGCCGCCCUUCUCAGGAGCUUCAGGAGGAGUCGCCAAGUCGGGUCAAAGCAGCUACACUCCUUCGAGCAGCCAAAAGACCCCCAGCGUUAUCAGCGCCACCAACACCAGCCUUAUAAACACCUCAUCUAUGAGCAAACAUUCAGGAAGCAGUGCCUCCCCUGCAGCAGCCUCAGUGACCCCAGGCCAGCGUCAGCGGACUGUGGGUGGGACACCUCAGGGGGCUAAACCAGUCGUGUCUGUUCCAUUGUCGUCGGUCUCGUCUCAGCUACCACAGGUCUCCACGACAGGAAGUACCGGUCUGCUCGGCUCGGCCUCGUCCCUUCCCCUGGGGUUCGGCAUGCUGGGGGGCCUGGUGCCCGUGUCCCUGCCGUUCCAGUUCUCUCCGAUGCUAAACCUAUCUCAACUGGGCACGGGGGGCUCCAAUGUGGCGACCAGCAGCUCAGCAGCCAGUAGCAGCGCAGCAUUCUCUACCUUGACCCAGAAUCUGUAUAAGAGUCUCCAGUCAGGGUCUCAGGUUGCUCUGCCUCCUCACUUGCAGCUCGCUUUCUCAGACGUCAGUCAGAACCAAGGAGGCGACACUAAGAGGAAGACUCUAUGAUCCAACUGGAUUUGAUCAUUCAUGAAAAACGAGAAACCUGGAACAGAUCAUGCUUAACAAGGGUGUGGAAUCGAGUGGGCUUCACCUCAUGAAAUCAGCUAACACCACAGUUGAAUUACUUUUUAAAGACUACUUUAUAACUCCUUUUUAGAGCUGGCAAAUAGUUUGUCAAUGUUUACAAAAUAGACCUAUAUCACUGUGGACAGGGAGGUAAUGAAUGAAGUCCGAGGUGAGUGUUGAUGUGUGUACAUGAAGGUCUGGACCCGUUUCCUGAAUGGACUGUGUGCCUUCUGUAUGUCCCACUCUGACGCACGGUCAGUUUGUCUACCUGGUGCUGUUUUUUUUUUUUUUUUUAAUCAUAAUGUAAUUAUCACUGAAACCUGUAAGAAAUGUAAACUGCAAAUUGAAUUUGAAUUUUUUUUUAAGAGAUGUACAUGUUUUCAAAUGUACUUGAAUACUUCGAUACUUUUGUUUCUGUAUAGAACGUACGCCCACUUUAAUUAAAAUCUUUGAUCCUUACAUGAUGGCAUCAUGGAAUAUUUUAUGCAGGUCUGAAAAGCUGGCUGAGCACACCCAAUGUUGUUCAUUAUGAGCCGUCACGGUGCAUUUAGGUACACCUAAGUAUAAAAAUGUAUAUUUAAAUGCUCUAGACAGUUCUUUAAAAUAGUAAAAGUUUUUUUCUAAACAAAUGUAUAUUCUUGUUUAUUCUUACUUCAUGUAAAAAUAUGAAAGUUCCUAGUCUUGAGUAUGGAAGCUUGAGGUUAUCUCAAGGUACUUAUCACAACAAAACAAGCUCUGACUCAUUAGCUCUGCCUAUUAUUAUAAAACUAGCAUCUACAAAAUGUAGUGACUAGACCGUCCAACGCAUACCUGUUCCAUUUUACAGUUUAGCUUUUAGCACUAAGACCAAUACUCCCAACUAAAUAUAUAUACACACACAACUAAAUUAAAGCACAUUAAAUGUUCAAUUCCAUUUACAAAAACAUAUAUAAAAAAUUAGAUAUUGGCAAAAUUAAAUACUGAAAGAUGUAAUUUUAUAACAGAAGAUAUUGUUUACCUGGGAAGCAGAUAAAAUGAGCUUCACAUUGUUCCCCUCUAACUUACAACUAGACAUGUUUCUACAGAGAUUCAUAAGCAUAAAAACUGGUUAAAAUGUGGACAUUUUACAGCCAAUUUAUCUACAAAUACCCAAAGAAGGACGUGAAACAAUUGAAAUUUGAUUUAAUUGAAACCAUGGGUAGGCCAUCUAAUGUGUUUAAGUCAUACAUGGAUUAACACAAAUAUGACGAUGUUUGAAGGCAUGUAAAUGAUACUAAGAUUCAUCGACACCAGAACCAAA